CUCAUUCAUUCGUUUCUGUCCUGGUUCAUAUCAGAUCAUUUUGGGAACUGUAGGAAGUUGUUUUUAAAAGUUUUUAAAAGCUAGCUUGCCAAAUACAUUCUGACUUGCGUUCAGCAUUUUUGAAGCGGAUCGAACACAGGACUGCAGCCAUGUGGAUUCAGGUGCGAACUAUGGAUGGCAAGGAGACCCACCGGAUCGACUCCCUGUCCAAGCUGACCAAGGUGGAUGAGCUUAGGCUGAAGAUCGCACAGCUGUUCAAGGUGGAGCCAGAAAGGCAACGGCUUUUCUACAGGGGCAAACAGAUGGAAGACGGACAUACCAUCUUUGACUACAAUGUGGGUCUGAAUGACAUCGUGCAGCUACUUGUGAGACCACCCCCCGCUGUCCUCCCAACCCUUAAGGACAAGGAGGCGGAACUUUCCGAUUCUGACUCGGGCUGCAGCUCCACUCAAAGCGAGUCCGACAAGAACUCUACACAUGGAGAGGCAGAGGCAGAGGCACAGGCUGCGGGCACCUCUCCCCAGGCAGAGCUCCCUGGGCUCGUCCACCCAGGGUUCGGUCUGUAUAAGAUCAAUGAGUUUGUGGAUGCCCGGGACUUGAACAUGGGCGCCUGGUUUGAGGCUCAGAUCGUCAAUGUGACCAAGGAGGCAGAUGGCACAGAUGAGGACAUACGCUAUCAUGUAAAAUAUGAAGAUUACCCAGAGAACGGCGUGGUGGCGCUACAGGGGAAGGACGUGCGUCCGCGUGCCCGCACCGUGUACCAGUGGCACCAGCUGGAGGAGGGCAUGGUGGUGAUGGUGAACUACAACCCAGACGAACCCAAGGAGCGAGGCUACUGGUACGAUGCCCUGAUCCAGAGGAAGAGAGAGACCCGCACCCUACACGAAAUCUACGGCAAGAUAAUCCUCGGAGAUGCAGGUGACUCUCUCAAUGACUGCCGCAUCAUGUUUGUGACCGAAAUAUUCAAGAUCGAGGCGCCCGGAAGCACAGAGACCACUGAAGCAACGCACAACAGUCCACAGAAAAGGUCCAACGGUCCGGACUGUAAGCUCUGCAAGGACGACCCCAAGAAGAACUGCCGGCACUGCAACUGCCACGUGUGCGGUGUGAAGCAGGACCCCGACAAGCAGCUGCUGUGUGACGAGUGUGACAUGGCCUUCCACACCUACUGCCUUAACCCUCCCCUCACCUCCAUCCCUGAAGACGAGGAAUGGUAUUGUCCAGACUGCCGAAAUGAUGUCAACGAGGUUGUUCUUGCUGGGGAGAAACUGAAGGAGAGCAAAAAGAAAUCAAAGAUGGCUUCCGCAAGCUCUUCCAGCCAGCGGGACUGGGGGAAGGGCAUGGCCUGUGUUGGUCGCACAAAGCUUUGCACCAUCGUCCCUUCCAAUCACUAUGGCCCUGUACCAGGGGUUCCCGUGGGCUCCCUGUGGAAGUUCCGGGUUCAGGUCAGUGAGUCGGGUGUCCACAGACCUCAUGUUGCUGGGAUUCAUGGCAGGAGCACUGAUGGCGCUUUUUCCCUUGUGCUUGCUGGAGGCUACGAAGACGAUGCGGACGAUGGGAACGAGUUCACCUACACCGGAUCAGGUGGGCGAGACCUCUCAGGGAACAAGAGGACCGCGGAGCAGUCAUGUGACCAGAAGCUCACAAACAUGAACAGGGCGCUGGCUAUGAACUGCAACGCGCCGCUCAACGACAAGCGGGGGGCCGACGCCAAGAACUGGAAAGACGGCAAGCCCGUCCGGGUGGUGCGCAGCUCCAAGGGCCGCAAGCACAGCAAGUUCUCCCCCGAGGACGGCAACCGAUACGACGGCAUCUACAAGGUGGUGAAGUACUGGCCGGAGAAGGGCAAGUCCGGCUUCCUGGUGUGGAGGUACAUGUUGAGACGUGACGACGGUGAGGCCGCGCCCUGGACUCGGGAGGGCAAGGAGAGGGCCAAGAAGCUGGGCCUCACCAUGCAGUAUCCUGAGGGUUAUCUGGAGGCUGCGGCUGCUAAGGAAAAAGAGAAGGAGAACAAAAUGAUGGAGGAGGAGGAGGAUGAAGAGGUGGUGACUGACACCCCCAGCAAGGGGAAAAGAAAGAGGAAAUCCCAGCUUGAGGAGACAAAGUCUCCAGCUAAAAAUUCACCCAAAAAGGUGAAAGUGGAGAAGUACAAACUGACCGCAGAACAGAAAGCUCUGAUUAAGGAGGAUGAGCUCAACAGGAAGGUGUGGGACGAAGCCAUGGAGUCGCUGAAGCAGGGGCCGAAAUUUCUGAGCAAAGUGGAAGAGGUGUUUCUUUGUAUAUGCUGCCAAGAAGUUGUUCACCGGCCGGUCACUACCGAGUGUCAGCACAAUGUGUGCAAGGAAUGUCUACUGCGCUCAUUCAAGGCUGAGGUGUACACGUGCCCGGCUUGCAGACAUGACCUGGGCAAAAACAACCCAAUGAAUGUCAACAAGCCUCUCCAAGCCAUCCUCAGCCAGUUCUUCCCUGGAUACAGCAGUGGACGGUGCUGACUGAUCCUCCUCCCUCCAUGCCCUCAAUUACCACUGCUUUCUCUCCUGGAAUGAUACAUGAACAGUGAUGAUGGAUUCGCAGUGCAAUUCUAAGAGAAUCAUUUUUUCAUAAUAUAUUGGAUGGAUGAAAGACCGUAGUAUGAAAGACUUAUCUAGCUGGGUGUUGGACGCUCUCCAUAUCUUUGCCAACUUCAAGUUUCUGAUUCUGUAAGACUUUGUAGCUUGAAUAGAAAUAGAAAAUUAAACCAGUGCCUUGGUUGAAAUGAAACCCUUCUGUCCUGUUCAGUCAAGCCAUGGCUGGGUUUACGUUGUCAUUAAAAUACGCAAAUGGGGUUUCUUAACAAAAAAGUUAAACCCUGCAAUUGUUAUUCUUGGUAUUAAUUUGCCCUGUUGUGCUUUUUGACAUGUUCAAUGAAAUUGCAAGCCUUAAAUAAUUAAAUGUUAAAAUAGGCUAGUUAAUCCCUUUCCAUGUAAAUUGUCCAUGGAUCCCAUGGAAGAUUGAAGCGUGUAUUUUAACUGACUCCAGGUCCGAUGUAAUCGCAAUCACAAGAUCUACAAUCCCCUUCACAUUUACAUUUUUAUUCCUGUUCCGAGUUUGUGCAUUUAUGCUGUUGUUAAUUGACCACAAAAUACUGCUGGUUAACUUCAUGGUAAUACCUCAUGUUUCCAUAGAACACCACUCCAACUGGAAAUUUGUAUAUUGUGUUGAAAUUGUUAUUUUUGUAGCUGAUGUUUUUAGCUGUUAUGUAAUUCAAUAUCACUUAGUUGCUUAAACCUCAGACGUGCCCGGAUUUUAAAUGUCUUUUAAAAAUAAAAUAAAGCAAAUUUCUUCAA